ACGAGUCCUUCCCACCCCUGGCCCCAGAGAGGGAGGGGUUUCCUGACAGGAAAUUGACCUCCUCUAACCCCCCCCUCCUCAGAUCCAAGCUCUUAGCAGUCCUGGCUGAAGUAGCCUCAGGACAGGACAGGACAACAGCAGGGACAGAAGGACAAGGCUCCGAGGACAGAGGUCCCCCGCCUGGCAAAAUGCCCAUCCUGAAGAGCCUCCGGGUGGCAGAUGCCAAGGUGCCCCGGGCAGGGACCCUGCCCCAGAGGUCCUCGCGGAACCCCUUUGAGGAUGUUCCCGGGCUGGAAGAGGAGGAGCCUGGGCGGCUGGGGACCCUGCCCAACGGGACGUCGUGUGGCCGCCGCCCCACGCUGGAGAAGCUGGCGGGCCUGGCUCCCUUCCGCCUGGCCUGGACCCCUGGCCGGCGGGCGGGCAGCCCUGGCGACGGGCAGCCCCGCUCCUUCCUGGGCCGAGUGCUGAUGCCAGGCACACGCAGGAGCUCGGCGGACUUCGGCCUCCUGGCCAGGCUGCAGGGGACCCGCGCCCAGGGGGAUGAGGAGACCGGGGAGGCGGCCCGGAGGCUGGCCUUCCUGAGGCUGGGGCGCGGGCCCAAGCCCCGGCGCGCCUCCCUGGCCGAGAGGGUGGUGCCUGCAGGCGAGGCGGCUCCUGAGCCCCCGCCCAAGGCCCGGGAGCCCCCAAAGAUGAAGGAGCCGUUGUCAGUGCUGGAAAUCCUGAGCCUGAUCCAGCAGCGCGAGCUCGCGCGGGCCGACGAGCACAUCUUGGAGCUGGAAGCCGAGGAGCUGGCGUCGUCGGGGGGCGCGCCCGGGCCGCCCAAGCUCGAGGGCGCAGGCGGCGGCGGCCGCCGGGCGCGGGACGUGGCGCUGCUGUACGAGGCCCUGCAGCGCGAGCUGUGGGCGCUGGUGCGCGAGACGCUGGCGGGCCCCGGGCCGGGCGUGGGCGCCGGGGCGGGCGCCGUGGCGCAGCUGGGCCAGGUGCUGGUGCAGGAGGAGGCGGCCGACGGGCGCCGGGGGCCCGGGGCCGCCCGCAGGCUGCGCGCCCGCUGGGCCGAAGCGGUGGCGCGCGCGGCGCGGGAGCGCCUGGAGGCGGCGGCCCCGGGGGCGCCCGGGGGCCUGGCCGCGCAGCUGGAGGCGCUGCGGGCGCGGCUGCUGGAGGACAUGGGCGUGGUGCGGGGCCGCCUGGCGCCCGCCUACCCCGCCGGCCUGGGCGCCUUCGGGGUCUACCUGCGCGGCUACCACAGCGCGCUGGCCGAGUGGCUGGGCGCCGCCGCCCGCCGGAGGCUGCCGCUCGCCGACCGCUACGCGCUGCUGCACUGGCACCACCAGGUGUACCCCAGAGAAGUCUUGGGGCUGGUGGACAUGGUCGCCCUGGAGAACGGGGAGCUGGGGCCCCUCCUGUCGCCUGGCACCGUUCGGGGCUUGGAGGAUGAAUGUGUCACAGAUGUUAAGGCCCAGACGCGGGCAGCCCUGCUCCGGGCGCUGCAGGAGGACGAGGAGCACUGGGCGAGCCCGGAGGACCUGCCGAGCACCCUGGCCCAGGACGUGUGUGAGCUGCUGGAGGAGCACACAGAGCGGGCGCCCCGCAUCAGCCAGGAGUUCGGGGAGCGGAUGGCCCACUGCUGCCUGGGGGGGCUGGCAGAGUUCCUGCAGAGCUUCCAGCAGCGCGUGGAGCGGUUCCAUGAGAGCCCAGGAGUCCGGGAGCUGCCACCCGAGACCUAUAUCAGCAGGACCAUCUCCCUGGUCAACUGCGGGCCCCCCCUGAGGGCUCUGGCGGAGCGCCUGGCCCGGGUGGGGCCCCCUGAAAGUGAGCCUGCCCGGGAAGCCGCAGCCAGCGCUCUGGACCGCGUGACCCGGCUCUGCCACCGGGUGCUGGCCGACCUCCUGUUCCAGGAGCUGCAGCCACACUUCAGCAAGCUGAUGCGCAGGAAGUGGCUGAGCAGCACGGAGGCCCUGGACGGCAUCGUGGGCACGCUGGGCGCGCAGGCCCUGGCCCUGCGCAGGAUGCAGGAUGAGCCUUACCAGGAGCUGGUGGCCGAGCUGCACCGGCGGGCGCUGGUCGAGUACGUGAGGCCGCUGUUCCGCGGGCGCCUGCGCUGCGGCUCGCGCACCCGCAGCCGCGUGGCCGGGAGGCUCCGCGAGGACGCGGCGCAGCUGCAGCGGCUGUUCCGGCGGCUGGAGUCGCAGGCCUCGUGGCUGGACGCCGUGGUGCCCCAUUUGGCCGAAGUCCUGCAGCUGGAAGACACGCCCAGCAUCCAGGUGGAGGUGGGGGUGCUGGUGCGGGACUACCCGGACAUCAGGCGGAAGCACGUGGCCGCCCUCCUGGACAUCCGUGGCCUGCGCAACGCAGCCGCCCGCCAGGAGAUCCUGGCCGUGGCCCGGGACCUGGAACUGUCUGAGGGGGAAGCCCUGUCACCACCCCACGACCGUGCCUUCUUCGCAGACAUCCCCGUGCCCCGCCCGCCUUUCUGCCUCGGCCUCCCUCUCCUGGGCCGCUUCCCCGGCCUGGGGCUGGCCAGGCCCCGGCUGGCCUGUCUGCCCAGGCUUCGGCCCCCACCUCCAUCACGGACCUGGGCCUGGGCCCAGCGCUGAGACUUCUCCCAGCGCCCGCCCCCUCCGUGCCCCAUCUUUGCUGCUGACACACCGUCCCCCUGCCUGGGACCCCAGGCCCCUGGAUGUACAGAAGAGAAACCGGGGUCAGAGGGAGCAAGGACGUCCCUGAGGCCAGGAGGCCGCUGCAGCACCAGCUCCCAGCCCGGUGGGUGGCGGGUGGAGUUGGAAGGCGCUACAGAAAUAUCCCAGGCCCCCCCUUUCCCCUCACCUCAAGGUCUGGCCCCCAUCCAAUGUAUUAAGGAAUGUACGAUACUUAGAAUAAAGAGGUUUCUAUUUAACACAAGGAAGGGCCGAGUCCCCAGUGUGUGGGGGAGGAAGGACUGGAGGGCAGGGCCCAGGGCCAAGGGCUUCUCACACGCCCAAGACCGGGCUAGGGUCCAACUCGCGGGCAGCACAUGGGGACUGAGGCCCAGCGGACCGGGAGCCUACGAGCUGCCCCGUUUGUACCGAGUCCCCGGGCUGCGUGACUCCAGGGCCAGCCCUCGGCCACUCAGAGCCCCGGUGCUUCAUCUUGUCAAUCUCAAGUGCCUCUGCCUUCCUGGGCCUGGCCGUUCACCUUGGGCCGCCCUCCCCAUCCAUCCUUAGCCGGGAACUGUGUCCAGAGAGGAAGGAGGUUGGGGGCAGGGCCGGCGGCAUCCAGGGCGCCCUCCUGGGUUGACGCAGGAAAAUCUCAGGGUGGGAAACGUUCCAGCCUCUCACCCCCAGCCCUGCCGGAUCCUGGUCCCCACGGAGACCUUGAGGUCACCUCCCCGCUGACCCUGCCCCUCCGGCCCAGUUGGACAGCCUGUGAUGGAUGCUUCCUGGCAGUUUUUUGUUUUUUUUUUCCUGAGAAGUCAGAAGGAGGAGGCAGCCAGGGGUCAGCACUGGGGCCGGGUGGAACCUCACGCACAUUUGAACUCUGACGGUGGGAACUCGGGAUCUUUGGAGCCGGGGGUUGUGUGACCUGCGGCUGGAAGCUGACCCUCUCUGGGCUGUGGUUCCUGUCUCUGCAGAACUCCUUAAGCCCAGGACAAGGUGAGACAUCCAGAGGAGGUACCCUCCUCACCUCAACUUCUAAAAUGACACUUUCAGCCCUGGCCGGUUUGGCUCAGUGGAUAGAGCGUUGGCCUGCGGGCUGAAGGGUCCCAGGUUUGAUUCCGGUCAAGGGCACAUGCCUGGGUGACAGCUCGAUCCCCGGUAGCCGAUCAAUGAUUCUCAUCAUUGAUGCUUCUCUCUCUCCCUCUCUGAAAUCAAUAAAAGUAUAUUUUUUAAAAGUAAAAAUAAAAUGACACGUUCAGCGUCAUUGCUACAUGAGAGGAACUGGGGGAUUAACGACAUGUAGCUUGCAGGCAUUUAAUUCAAGAUGUAUUCCUCCGGGUUUGGCAGUGUUCUUUUCAGGUUUUGCAAACAUUUUCUUGGUCUGACCUGAGAAGCUCUGACCUUACCCCAAGGGCCUCAGUUUCCACUUUUGUAAUAAGGGGGAAAGGGUCCUAACAGCUGCAAUAAUUUAGCUCUUACUGCAUUCCGGGUCCCAUGUUGUAGGGAGCGGCUAUUGGGUCAAGCCUCGGACUGACCUGUGGCAGAGCCACACACAAGUCCCAGCCUGGAGGGCAGAGCCCUCCUAGCACAAUUAAGCUUGACCUUACAGUCCUCCCUUGUUCCUAGGUAGCUAAUGGGCUGUGGGAGGUGCAGCAAGUGCUGCCAAGCCAGGCUUGAGUAAUGGGAAUAGAUUUGUAACUCACAAGAACAUUGUAAACAUGUUGACCAUUCCCCUUGCUUUGCUUUGUGUGAUCUGAUGAUAAAAUAAAGCUUUGGCUUCCGGGCU